GCUGGAUACCGACCGCCGUAAAAGAAGAAGCAGGAGAAGCGAACCAAUGCCGUGCUUUGUGUAGCUCACCUGGAAGAAGCGUUUGAAAAAUGGCGGAGGAGGCUAACGUUAGUAGAGAGAAAAAUGUCCGACCCAAGUCAUCAAAAGUAUGGGAGCACUUUACAUUAACGCCUUCAAAGAACAGCGUUAGGUGCAAAAUGUGCAGAGUUGAUCUCGCGUGGCACGGAAGCACAACAUCGCUGAAUGAGCACCUGAAGAGGAAGCACGUUGGAGCCAUGGGUGAAGGAGAUUCACGACGAGUCAUCCUACAUACUGUAGACUAGAUUACAAGAUGCCCAUCCUGCGUCUGUGGUUCAAUGUAGAGUCAGAGUUGAAACGGGACUUUCGCCUCAGCAGAAGGGCUAUGGACAGUGUGCAGAGACUGCUACAAACAGAACAGGACCAUGGCUGGGGUAGUCAGCUAGAAGUCAUUGUCUAUGUCUACUGGCUGGCUCAUGGACUGUCUUAUACCGUUGUCUCCAGAGUUUUCAAUAUACCCAAAUCCACAGUUCACCGCAUUGUCCACAAAGUAGCAAAUAAGAUCUGCACCAAUCUGCACCGUGCCAUCUCUUUCCCCAAGACUGGAGAGCUGCAUGCAGUCGGCCAAGGAUUUGCCCAACUUUCAGGGAGCCCUGCAUUCAGCAAUGUUGUGGGUGCAAUAGACGGAAGCCACAUACGGAUUAAGCCACCAGCACGGCACAUAAUAGACUAUUUGAAUUACAAAGGAUUCUAUUCAAUUAACAUGCAGGCAAUAUGUGAUUCCAGUGGAAAGUUUUUGGACAUCUUUGUUGGCUACCCGGGGUCAGUUCACGACACACGAGUCAUGAAAAACAGCAGGUUUUAUACAGCAAGACGGUACCCUCCACCAGGCUACAUUCUCCUAGGAGAUGGUGGCUAUCCAUGUUUGGACACACCUAUCUGCCUCAUUACACCAUACAAGGAGCCAGUUACUGGACCAGUGCAGGGGCGCUUCAAUCAUUACCAUGCCAAGGGCCGCAGCAUAAUCGAAAGGGCUUUUGGCGUAAUGAAGAGCAGGUGGAGGUGUACUCUUUUCAAAGCCCUGGAGAUUAAACCGAUCUUUGCACCUCAGGUCAUUGCAUCCUGUGCCUUUCUGCACAACAUCUGUCUGGAGAAUGGGGACCUGCUGGAGCCAGAUGACGAUGUGGUACAGGACCUGCUAGAUCCCCAACCUCCCCGGGAGCCCCUCGCAGCUAAUGAGACAUCUGGAAAUGCAUCAAGGGACAGACUGGCUGCCCAGCUGUGACUUUUUUGUAGGCUUGUGGAGUGUACUUUUUUAAUACUGAAACUUAUUUAAAAUCUUCUUUUUUGACACUUGUUUUUGAUUGACCUCAGGAAUGUAUAUUGUUUUUUUUUUUUAUCCUAAUACAUCUUUUCAUGCCAAUAUCCGUUUCAGAUGUUAUUAAUGUGUGGUUGGUGUGGUAAUCAUGCUCUCAAACUG